AGCUUUGUUUACAAUUUAAAUGACUAUAUAAUAUCAUUGUUUCUUAUCAUAAAAAGUAAUAAUAUACAAAACGAAAUGUCUCGUGAAGAAGAUAAGUUCCAGCGAUAUGCUACAGAGUACGAUCCAGUCAAAAUCGGCUCAAUCGAUGGUACGGACACAAUACCACAUGACCGAGCCAUCCUCUUUGCACUUGACUCAGAAUACGUUCCCAACAAGUCUGUACGAGGAGACGCAAGGCACACCAUAUUCGUAGCUCGGCUGCAUCCUAGAACAACUCAGGAGACCCUAAUAUCAGAGUUCUCCGACUGUGGCAAAAUCGUCCGCUGCCGUCUCGUCAAGGACAUAGUGACGGGCAAGUCCAAGCAGUACGCAUUCAUCGAGUUCGAACGCAGCGCCGACGUCGACCGGGCUCUACAGAAACAUAAAGAAUACAUCGACAACACGGAAGUUGUAGUCGAGAGAGAGGUGGAGAGAGUCAUGAAGGGAUGGAAGCCUAGGAGACUAGGGGGAGGGUUUGGGGGGAAUAAGGACUCUGGACAGCUCAGGUUCGGGUGUAGGGACAGGCCUUUUAAGAGGCCUAUUAAGGUUAGAGACGACAUAAGGGAUUGAAAAGGAUGAGCAAGACAUACUUAUGGGCAAGUCCAAGCAGUACGCAUUCAUCGAUUUCGGAAGACGGUUUACGGAAGUUGUAGUCGAGAGAGAGGUGGAGAGAGUCAUGAAGGGAUGGAAGCCUAGGAGACGAGAGGGAGGGUUCGGGGGGAAUAAGGAGCCUGGACAGCUCAGGUUCGGGUGUAGGGACAGGCCUUUAAGAGGACUAUUAAGGUUGGAGACGACAUAAGGGAUUGAAAAGGAUGAGCAAGACAUACUUACGGGCAAGUCCAAGCAGUACGCAUUCAUCGAUUUCGAAAGACGGUUUACGGAAGUUGUAGUCGAGAGAGAGGUGGAAAGAGUCAUGAAGGGAUGGAAGCCUAGAGACUGAGAGGGAGGGUUCGGGGGGAAUAAGGAGUCUGGGCAGCUCAGGUUCGGGUAUACUUUUAAAAGGCCUAUUAAGGUUGCACAGGACAGGAGGGAUUGAAAAGUAUUGGGACUGCCAGAGGACAAGUUCAGGUCAGACAGGAGUCACAGGAGAGGACAGUUUCGACAGUCGUACUUUGUGCAGCAA